GCAUAUAAAAAAGGAAAACGUGACCUUAGAAAAUUUAUAUGACCAUAGAUAAGACGUUUGAACAAAUAUUUUUCCCUCUCACAGCUCUGAUCGAGCGGUCGGUUCAACUCAGUUUCACCGGAGUGCCUGAGGAGGACCUGAUGAUCACCGCUGACUUUUCCGAAACGUCGCUCACAAUGGAAGCGAAACUCUACACAAACUCCGAGGAUCUGACACCGAAUCCGCUAACCUGUGAGAUCACAGGCCGGUCUCCAAAGACCUGCACAUUUAAGGUUGAGCCAAAAGUUACGGAAUUUAAGAUUUUGCUGAUGGCGUUAGAUUCCGAAUCAACUGUGAAAGACUCGACCGUUGUGGAAUUUGAAGAUUUCCAGACUCGAAUUCAACAGCUGACAUUGGACGCCAUCGAAGUCCGUUGGCGAGCUUCGCAAAAUCAGGAAUACGACGUCGAAAUUGUUUCUGAAACUGAUGGCAAAAUCGACAGCACUUCAGUGAUCUGUGGAGGUGAAAAGCCUGAAGACAGCAAAGUGUGCCUGGCUUACUUUUUCCCGCUGAAUUUGAACAAAGAUUAUACGGCAAGUGUGAGGGUACAAGGUGACAAUAAAUAUGUUUCGGCCUCAGUGAGGAUGCAGCCUGUUCUGGAAACAAUAAACAUAAAAGAACUGACACUGACCACAACUGGAGAAACAAGAGGUCUUACCGUGUGUUUUAUGGAAAGUCGUGAAAAGAGAAAACAAAACGAAGGAGAAAAAAUUGUGAACAAGUUCGUGGCGGUGGAUGCCAAUGGUCGGCAAGUACAGAUGGUGUCGAAGUCCUCUCACUCAUCCGUUUCUGAUGUCGAGGAAAAGCUGUGUCUAGGCCCAUUGCCUCUCGACCUUGACUUCAACCUUAGUGACAAGGUCCGGGUUCUUGUGUCACGUGAGAAUCUCGACACCCAGGAAAUUCUGCUGUCUGGAGACGCUGAGCUCUUCGUUUCGGAUCCGCCCCCGAAAGACGACAAGGUUGUCAUCGUCAUCUCUGUCGUCGGCGUGGUCGUGGCGGUCGUUGCCAUCGGCUCCCUUGGGGCAAUUUCUCU